AUGACGACGUCGGUUAUUUGGAAGAAACGACAAGGAAAGAAGGAGGCAAAGCCGAACGUCGCUGUCAAGUCUCUUAUGAUUAGGGAUGUCAUGCCGCGGGACAAUGAGACGGAUAUGAAUGCGCCAGAGGAGUCUGUGGGCGCGAUCAAGAUAUACGAUCUAGUCUGGAGCGCGUCCGAAUUUGUCGCUGUUGGCUUUGGUAACAAGAAGAUACGGAUCAAUUUUGUCAAUGAGAAUUAA